AUGACAUCUCUCCUAUACUUCAGUCGACCUAUUGGUCCAAUGUGUGUUAUGAUACUGGCAGCAGCGAGAGUGAGUCGGACACUGUGGUGGAGAAGCCUGAAGACGAAUCAGAUUUUGAUUUGGGACAAGGAACUGCAAGAAAUGGAGGAUUACUUGAAAGAGAAUACGUGCGACACUGUAAGCGAAGUGAUGGAUAAAAUUUUCGGUGUAGGGUGUUCCAGUCUAGCUGCUAAGUACGACAAUAUGUCAGCUGCCGAGCGUGCCGAUAUGACCGCUCGACCUUCCUAUUUUUGUAAGAGGCCUCCCGUAGGGUGGCCAUCUUCUCCAGCUGAUUCAGAAACCCAGUCCCUUCAGGCAACAGAACAAGCUUCGAGGAAUGAACCAUCGCGGCAGUAUUUGCUACGUCGACAACCAAGGUGUGAAGUUCCUGACGAAGAGAUUAUUCAAAAUGGGAAAAAAUGGAUGACUAAGGAGGUGAUGUUGGCAUUCGAAAAAUACGCUGAAAGAAAUACUAAUCUCAAGGGUCUUGAGUGGCAGAUUGAGGAACUCUGUCACCAAUGCUUUAAUGUGGAAUACCAUCACAAAGUUUUCCACCAUUACAAUUUCACUGUAAAGAUUGAGAGCCCUAGGUCAAGUGAUUCCAGAGUGGCAUUGUUCUUCGCUGAAGUGAAAGAGAUAUUCGGAAGAAAAUACUAUUUCUGCUGCCCUCUAGAACCAAAUGAAAGUGGUCAGUGUUAUGCAUGCCAUAACCAAGGAGUUGAUGAUCUAAGGCAUCCAGCUACAGGUGGAUAUGACCGGGGUUCUCUGGAUAUCGCAUUCCCAUUUAUUUGUAUGGAUUAG